AUGCGGGCGCCGCUUGCGGCGGCCUGCGCACCUUCACAGCAGCGGCGAUUGUGGCUGACGUCCUGCGCAGUCUCGGCCCCGAGCCGGCCGGCCGCCAGCGGCAGCGGCGGCGGGGGGGAUGGCGGCAUCGACGCGGGCGCCGCCACCCGCCCCGCGGCGCCGCACCCCACCCCCUCGCAGCACGGCCUGAGAUGGCCGCCGCCGCUCGCAGUGCAUGAGCACGGGGCGCACGCCAGCGGCGGCAACGGCGGCGGCAGCGGCCAAGAAGGCAGCAGCAGCCGCAAGCGGCAGUUUUUGCCCGGCUUGCUGAUGCGGGCGAUCUCUCAGGCAUCGACUCCUGCAUCCCUAGGCAAGCUGCUGCAGUCGCGGGGCGACCAGUUUGACGCGGGGCACGCGGCGGGCUUCAUCGCCGCCUGCGGCAGGGCGCGCGCGCGCCUGGCGGUGGCGACCGCGGAGGCGACGGGGGCGGCGGCCGCAGAGGGCGCGCAUGCAGGACAGGCGGAAGCGGGCCUGCGGCCAGAGGAGCCGCCGGGCGGCCAGGGCUCGCCACAAGCCGCCGGUGCCAGCGCCUCGGCUUCGCAGCGGCGGCGGAGCGAGCGGUGGCGGCGGCGCCAGCAGGCGCUGAGGGACCCCGCCCGCCUUGAAGCCAUGGCGCAGCAGCUGUCGGGCUUGCGGCAGCCCGUCCUGCAGUUGGUGUCGCGCCACGCGGCGAGUAUGAAGCCUAAGGACCUGGCCGCGGCACUCGGCGGACUCGCCGCGCUGGGCUGGGGCGAGCGGCGCGCG